UGUGCAGGAAAAAACACCGGAAAUGAAAGUCGGUGACCUUUCAGAUUACUGUUUAGGAGCUCAGGGAAAUCGUUAUUUUUUGAUACUAUGCGAUAAAAUUGUAGGUUUAUUUAUAUUUAUAUAAAAUGAAUAUUUAUUUACAUGUUUAUAAUUAGGUGAAGUCUAGUUUUAAAAAGUGUUUUACCACACGUGUGCUUUUAUUUUGAAAAGUCAAAAGCAGCACUGUGUUGGAAUUGACUCGCUCCUCUGUGUGCGUGCGUGCGUGAGCGUGCGCGCGCGCGUUUACGCUCUGCUCUGCGCCUCCGUCUGCUCUCCGCUCAGUCUGCUGCUGCACUUCCAGAGCGGAGCCACCACGCCGGGGAGGCGGACCGACUGUAGCUAACCUCGGCCAGCGGUGCUGGGUCAUAGCGCUGGUGGAGGAGGGGGGGCCCCGGCAGCGCUGCGCUCUCCCUGCCCUCCCGACACCGCGCACAGCCUCGAGCAUUACGGACACCACCGCACCAGCCCGUCCUAGUUUUGCUUUUAUUGUUAUUAUUUGAUUAAUAAUAUUAUUUUUGACCAAGUUGCGGCUGCAGAGACGCACUUUUCUCCGAGGCUCUUCUCUUCUUUUGCGCUCAUAAUCCGACAUGGAAGAUGGUCCGUCUUCAACAAGCUGUUUCAGAAGGUUAACGGAUUGUUUCUUGGGCACAAGUUUGACAGAUGAAAAAGUGAAGGCCUACCUCUCACUGCACCCGCAGAUGCUGGAUGAGUUCGUGUUGGAGAGCGUGAGUGCAGAGACGUUGGACAGAUGGCUAAAGAGGAAGAGCAGCAGCAGGCCUGCAGAUGACACGUCAGCUAAAGAAGUCAGCAGGCAGUACCAGGACACAAACAUGCAGGGCGUGGUGUACGAGCUCAACAGCUACAUGGAGCAGCGCCUGGACACUGGAGGAGACAACAAACUCCUGCUCUACGAGCUGUCCAACAUCAUCAAAACAGCAACAAAAGCUGACAGUUUUGCACUUUACUUCCUGGGAGAAUGCAACAAUAGUUUAUGUUUAUUCACUCCAACGGGGGCCAAGGAUGGGCCUCCAAGCCUUGUCCCCUCUGGCCCCAUAGCAUUUGGGACAACCAUUGCCGCUUACGUUGCCAAGACUCGCAAAACCCUCCUAGUAGAAGACAUCAUGGGGGAUGACCGAUUCCCAGACGGCACAGGACAGGACUCAGGGAUCCGUGUUCACUCUGUCCUGUGCCUUCCCAUCGUCACUGCCAUCGGCGACCUCAUCGCCAUCCUGGAGCUCCGUCGGCACUGGGGGAAGGAGCCCUUUAACCUAAGCCACCAGGAGGUUGCAACAGCUAAUCUGGCUUGGGCUUCAGUUGCCAUUCAUCAAGUACAGGUGUGCCGAGGCCUUGCCAAACAGACAGAGCUCAAUGACUUCCUACUAGAUGUUUCAAAAACAUACUUUGAUAAUAUUGUGGCAAUAGAUUCUCUACUUGAACAUAUUAUGAUAUAUGCAAAAAACCUGGUGAAUGCGGACAGGUGUGCACUCUUCCAGGUAGAUCACAACAACAAAGAACUGUACUCUGACCUGUUUGACAUCGGGGAAGAGAAAGAGGGCAAACCUGUCUUUAGAAAAACCAAAGAGAUUAGGUUUUCUAUAGACAAGGGAAUAGCUGGUCAAGUGGCACGGACAGGGGAAGUCUUAAAUAUCCCAGAUGCCUAUGCAGACCCACGGUUCAACCGAGAGGUGGACCUUAAAACUGGCUACACCACGCGGAACAUCCUGUGCAUGCCCAUCGUGAGCAGGGGGACCGUUAUCGGUGUGGUUCAGAUGGUGAACAAGCUGAGCGGAAGUGCCUUCACUAAAACAGACGAGAACAACUUCAAGAUGUUUGCUGUCUUUUGUGCUCUGGCCUUACACUGUGCAAAUAUGUACCACAGAAUCCGGCAUUCUGAGUGCAUUUACCGAGUGACGAUGGAAAAACUGUCCUAUCACAGCAUCUGCACGUCAGAGGAGUGGAAAACCCUCACCCAGCUCAACCUCCCGACACCCAUCUAUAAAGAGAUUGAAACGUUCCAGUUUGACAUCAGCCCCUUUGAGGAAAUCUGGCCUGCCGUCUUCAUCUACAUGGUUCAUAACUCCUGUGGAAAGAACAGCUUUGAGCUGGAGAAGCUGUGCAGGUUCACCAUGUCGGUGCGGAAGAACUACCGCCGUGUGCCCUACCAUAACUGGAAACAUGCGGUGACGGUGGCACACUGCAUGUACGCCAUCCUACAGAAAACCCCCGGGAGCUUCACAGAGCUGGAGAAGAAAGGCUUGUUGAUAGCCUGCCUGUGCCACGAUCUGGAUCACAGGGGUUACAGUAACGCUUACCUGCAGAAGUUCGAUCACCCGCUGGCUGCUCUGUACUCCACCUCCACCAUGGAGCAGCACCACUUCUCCCAAACUGUCUCCAUCUUGCAGCUGGAAGGGCACAAUAUUUUCUCCAACCUGAAUUCCAGCGAGUACGAGCAGGUGCUGGAGAUCAUCCGGAAGGCCAUCAUCGCCACCGACUUGGCGCUGUACUUCAACAACCACCAGCAGCUGACGGAGCUCCUGAGCACCAGCGCGCUGGACUUCAACAACCACUCUCACAGGGACCGUGUGAUUGGUCUGAUGAUGACAGCAUGUGACCUGUGUUCUGUUACCAAGCAGUGGCAAAUCACACGACUCACAGCCAACGACAUCUAUGCCGAGUUCUGGGCUGAGGGAGAUGAGAUGAAGAAGAUUGGAAUUCAGCCAAUACCUAUGAUGGAUCGAGACAAGAAGGAUGAAGUUCCACAAGGCCAAGUGGGAUUUUACAACUCUGUAGCGAUUCCAUGCUACACAACGCUAGCAGAGCUUUUCCCUCCAUCCAGUCCUCUCUUAAAAGCCUGCAGGGAAAACCUGGGCCAGUGGGAGAGGAUAGCACGGGGAGAGGUGGAGGACAUUGUGCCCACCAAGCCUUGUUAUUCAGGCCCAGUCAAGGUGGAUAACUGACUACCAAAGGGGUUGCUGGCCCACCAAAGGAAUACAACCCAAAUCCUGCCACAGACCUGUGACUUGGACAAGGAGAAGAACCUGCAUUUUGCAGGAUUUGGUUAAGCUACAAGCAACUUCACUUUGAACACACACAGUUACCUCAUUGGAUGACGGAGGUAUCAACACUGAAGGUUUUAACCGAUCCCAGAGACUGACAAAUGUUCGCCGGGGAGGGACUUGAGCCCAUCGCCCUUUUUGUUCUCUCAGCAUGGGAAUCCAUUUGGUAAAAUAGACUUGAGUUCUUUCAUUUUGGCUGUUUUUUGUGUUAUUUUAUGAUUUUUUUUUUUCUUAAUUUGAGCUGAUUUCAUGAUGGUCUUUUUCUGCAGAGGCCUUACUCUGGACUUUUCACAGGCUAGAAUAUGUGAAAUCUUUGUUAUUUCAGGCUCUUUUGCAAUGGUACUGUUUGCCUUCUGUGGUAAGUUGAUUGCACGAGCACUACUUCAGCAAGUUAUUCCCAGAGACAGAAGGAAUGUGCAGAGCAGAUGUGUGGCGUAAUGGCACCUUACUUUAUUGAGGUGUGCAUUAGAAUGUUUUUUUUAUUACUUUUUUGGAUAUAAAAUCUUUUGCAGUACUUGAAUAAAUACAGCCUAUUCCAUGUGGAGAUUACAGAAAUCCCCAAGAAAUGUGGAAAAACUGUGAUAAGAGGAGUUGCAUACUGGUGACACUUGUGAGCAAACUCACAAGAGAGUCACAGUGUUUGAAGUCUGAUGUGAACCCUGAAGCCCAACACCCCCAAGCAUUUAGGAAUCUGCUGCAACAACAUCCCUCUGAUUAACAGGAUUUUCAUCUCAGUCAUAGGCCAAGACUGCAUAUCGUGAAACGUCUCCUUCUCUCAUGCCACUCUCGCAGCAUGGAGGACGCCGCGCUGAAGCGUAGGAUGUUUGGAGGAAACGGCAGCCUAUGUCCUCUUUCCAUACAUCCUCUCUAGCCUGUCCAUCUCUGGGAUUGAAACUCAAGAGUGUUGUUUGACUUUUUGCCAGACACUCCUCCCAUCCAGGAACUCCUCCUCCUUACACACUCAUUUUCUAAUACCAAACUAGGGGAAACAUUUGGACUCUUUCUAAUGAGCUUCUGAGAUCUUCCAAAGACAAAUGAUUUUGUCUUCAUCUGUCAUUCCAAUGAACCAUUUCUGCUCACGUCUUUUUGUUGUGUGACAGGUACUGUGGCCCUCCGCUGUUGUGAAUGUAGAUUUCCAUGAAUGCUCUGUUUGGUGGUUUGAGUUGGCUCCAGCAACAGCCGCCCGCAAGGAGCCACCGUUAGCACGCACCUUAGCGGAGCUGCAUCGGUGGUAGAAGGUGUGCAGCUCCAGGAGUUUUUAGUGGACUCAAGCUUUUGCUCUGAUGGUGCUGAACAGACGGGCAGCCAUGCACUUUCUGAGUGAGUGCGUUUGCGUGUGUUGGUGAAUGCAUGUGAGAGCGAAAGCUGUUUCACCCCCCCACACACCUCAACCCCACCCAACAACAUGCUAAAGUCACUGCACUGUCCCUUCCACUUUUUAGCACCAGUUAUAUCCCACCAUCUGCACUAUGUUUAGCUUAUGAUCUUUAUCAUUAUCGCUAUUAUUAUUAUUAUUAUUAUUAUUAUUAUGACUAUUGUUAUUUUCUUAAUUAGAGUUAAAUUUUAAUUAACUUAUAUUUUUUAUACAAAGAAAUACAAUGUUGGCCUUUUUUCUGUUUUGUACAAAGUAAACAUUAAGAUAAAUUAAACAGUCUAGACAUGUUACUGUUACCCAGAAUAACUGAGGAAUGUCUCAACUGUAAAUGUAAGAGCCGUAGCCCAAAUGACUUUUAUUAAAUAUGUCUCUAAAAAAAAGAAG